AUGGCGUCCAAGUUGGCAACUGCUAUGGUGAGUGAAAAAAUAUAAGGAGAUCACGAAGUACACGGCGGUUAUCGCCUUUUCGUGCGGCACGAGAUUCGACAGUUUUGUGUCUUUAUGGAUGGCGGCCGGGGGACUAGAAAACUCCGCCCGCCGUGUACUUUUCGUGUUACUUUUGUAGUGCACGACACCUUCGAAUCAAUUGUUUUGCAGAAGCCGAUAUUCGAUCGGAUUGUCGAGGCAAAAGAGACGGCCUCCAAACAUCCGGCCCUUUUUUUUAUUCACUUGUGGUUGUACGCUCUCAUCGGAUUUUCGGUACGAAAUUUAUCUGACCGCUAACGAAAAUGACGUUAUAAAGCUCGCAUUCGAACGAACUUCUUCAUUUCCAAACCAAAUUUGCUCGUUUUCAGCCCAAUGGCCGCUCGGCUGCCGGGUCCUAGGCCACGCGGGUCUCGACACAAAGAUUUCGAUGAUUUUCCGGAAAACUACGCGAUUUCAAUGCAUUUUAUUGCUUUUUUGUCUGUAUAGACGUUUUUCGAGGCUUUUCUGUCCAUUUUCUCCAGUAAUCGAUCGCCAAUAGUUAGAAAAGCGGAAGAAUGAAGAAAGCGAAGAGAAAAUAGACAGAAAUGCCAAAACAUUAUCAAAAUUCAUUGAAAUACGACAAAAAUCCAUGUAGAUUAAUUUACGUGGCUCUUCGUGUCGAGACCCACGUGGCCACAUCGCCUGGUGUCAAGAAAAUUCAAAUUUCGCCCCAAAACCAUUGCAGAUAUCGUUGGUGUCGCUGAGCUACUCGCACUCGGCCUGCUCCGCUUUGAUUUCGUCGGCGCACCUCUUCAAUCUGCACUUCUCCUUCCACGGAUCCAUCUUUUUGGGCGCCAUCAUCCACUCGAAUUUAUCGCGACGCCUCCCCUUAAAAUCGCUGUUUUUCGUGUGUCUCUUCUCGAUUUGCGCCGCUUUUUGUGCGCUUCCGCACGCCGCGCACUGGAUUCCCGCCCUUUUUCUCGUUUUCAUCAUUUUCGGAUCCGUUUUGGGCGUCGGAUUGUCGGCCGUCACCUCGAGUUUCACCGUCAUCUUCAAACAACAAAACUUUCUUUUGGUUCAGGUAGGUUUUUUAUUUGCGCUUCUAGAACUAGAACUGUUUUGCAUCGAACAGUUUGUUUGAAUAUUCUAAAGCUCAAAUUUUUUUUCUAAAGCUCAAUGAAAGCGCCCGCCAAAUUCUAAAAAGUCUUUGCAGCUUCUGCACGUGCUGGGAGCCGUCGGCGCCGUGCUCGCUGUCACAUUCUACCAAUCCGCGCCGGCGCAGCACCAGGACGACUGCAAAUCCAACCGAAAUUCGACGGGUUCAUCUUUUUGCGUUUCUAGAUGCGUCGUUUUUUAUUCAACUUUUUGCAGACAUUUCGACGGGUCCUCACAUUCCGAGCCUCGAGAAAUUCCAUCUGAAUCCGAGUCUCCGUCAGGAUUUCAUCUAUUAUUCCAUCGCUUUUCUGCAAAUUCCCAUUUUGUUGACAAUUUUGAACGCCGAAUUCGGUGUGGCCGUGAAGACGUCGAUUUCGAUCCGAAGAACCGAAUACGACGAGAUUGAGACCAAUAAUAAUAAUCAGGAGAAUUGUCAGAGUGAGCCUUUCAUUUGCAAAUAAUUUUUGGAGACCACGAAAAGUACACACGGUUAUUGAUUUUUCGUUCUGUCCGAAGCGCUUUAUCGAUGGCCUCCGAAACGAAAUCAAAAACGGCAAACUCCACCCGCCGUGUACUUCUCGUGGUCUCUUCAAAAGCCUCUCAAAAAUGCGUUUCAGGUCUAACGCAACAAAGCGACGUGAGCAGUCUGAAACUGGUGCUCCUGUGCUCCGUCGUCGCCUGCAUUGCCAACAUCAUGUACACUCUUUUUCCGUUCCUCAUUCUCGCCCAACCCUCCGCCUCCAUCUUCUAUUAUCAACUUUUUGCGGUGAUUUUUCAAAAAGAACUCUUUAAUUUGAGCAUUUUGUUUCAGAUUUUCUUCAUGUGGGGCCGUAUUGUUGCACUAUUCUUCUCGGAUUACAUGGCUCCAUACUUUCUCGUCGGCGUUUCUAUUGUGAGCUUUUAUUAGGCAGUAUUGAGGUUUAAUAAUGCUUAUAUGCAAUAAUUUCAGCCUGGGCCCGCUCCGGCUUCUUUUUUUCAGUUUGUCAAACCCUGAUUGAGACUGCGCUUCCCCAUAGUCUUAUUAUUGUUGUUUCAAAGCGCUUUCCUAGAUCUAUUAUGUUCAGCAGAAAUUCAAUCGUAAUUGCAGUUCGGCUGCGGAAUCGGCUGCUGCUGCAUCGCCUCGGAACAGUUUCUGCUCGUCGGAUCGAUAAUAUUCGGCUUCUUCCUGUCGCCGCUCCUUCCCGCUCUCGUCAUUUAUAUCAAUCACAGUUUGUCGUUGAAGUGUACGUGUUUUCUUUCGCUUGCAAAAUUGGACAGCAAUAGUUUUAGAAGAAAAAACGUGCCAAUAGUAGUAUUUUUCUCUUCCUCAAACACACAAAUCUAUAUCGGCCAGCCGCCGGAUCUUUUUUCCGAUGAUUUUCCGGAAACAAUGCAUUUUAUUGAUUUUUUGUCUCUGUUUAGAUGUUUUUCAAGGCGUUUCUGUCCAUUUUCUCCGGUAAUUGGAAGAACGACGAAAGCAUCGCGAAAAUCGUGAAUUAGGUGUGAAAAUGGACGGAAAUGCCAAAAAAUCAUCAGAGUGCAUCAUGUAGAUUGAUCACAUCGCCGUUUCUAAACACCAUUGACUUUCAGCCAACAACACGUUCACACUAUUGUCGGGUCACUGCUCCGGACACCUCGUUUUCCCGCUUCUGCUCACCCUGACCACCUCCUCCGAAUCCCGUCUCUUCAUCGCCUUCAAUUUCGUCGCCAUCGUCAUUUUGGUCAUUAUUCUCGUCUCGAUUUUGAGCCUUCACGCUCAGAUCGAACGAAUGCAGGGUACUUAAAGAGUUCGCGAACAAUAGCAAUUUACAACAAGAAUUUGCAGCGUCCCAAUCGGGUCUGAACCUGUUCGUGUCCCGUUUUCUGUCGGGCGAGUCGCUCCUGAAGCGGACCCGUUCGAUCCGACCCCUCAUUUCCCGGCUCCGUCCCAACAGCUACCGUCGGUUCGCCAAUCGACGCGGCCUGAACACUCCGCGCAGCCCGUCGCCGGCGGUCCCUCACGCGACCCAAGUUUCCGUGGCGCCGGACGAGCUCAGCCGGCUCAAUGAGCACAAAAAUGGGAGCGGAAACGGAAACGGCACAAUGCUCAUUCCCACUAGGGUUUGA